GGUGUACCUACAGCACCCGGCCGCAGAGCCUGCUCCCUGCUGCUGCAGCAGCAAAGUCUUUAGCGUGGCAGCAGCAUAGGUCUGGACUGCAUUUGCUGAGGCUCUCCAGCUCCAGUUGCGCUCGAGCAGCAGCAGCAGGACCAGCAGCAGCAGCAGCAGACGCAGCAGCAGCAGCAGACGCAGCAGCAGCAGCAGAAGCACAAGCAGCGCUGAAGGACUGGGGCGACUUGGGGGCUUCUUCUGAGCUGACAUUUAGGUUCUCGGGAGAUAUUGAAGGCCCACAGCUGCUGCUGGCCACGGAUUACCACCUCGAGCAGCAGCAGCAGCAGCAGCAGCAGCAGCAGCAGCUGCUGCUGCUGCAGCAGCGAAGCAGCACCCCGCAGGAAGAGAGCAGCAGCAAACACGGAGGACGGGACCACAGGGAAAAUGAGGCAGCAAUUGUUCACGGGCGUUUGCAGCCAGUGCGCAGGCGGCAGCAGCCGCAGCAGCAGCAGCAGCAGCAGAAGCAGCAGCAGCAGCAGCAGCCAUCAGAAGGAGAACUCACGGAAGACUUUGCUGCUGCUGCUUUGGCUCUGGAGACCCGAACUGACCGGAGGGAGCAGCGAGCUGCUCGGCGGCAGCGGAACGCUCGGCCUCACCACCCCAGCAGCAGCAGGAGCAGCAGCAGCAACAGCAGCAGCAGCAGCAGCAGCAGCAGCAGCACGAACAUUGACGACUUGCUAGAGCUGCUGAGGGAAACCCCCUCGCGGCAGCAGCGGCAGCGGGAAGGGCAGGGAGCAGCAGCAGCAGAAAGGCUGCUGGAGGCCUACGGGCCUCUGGCCAGCAGCAUGCCUUUUCUGCAGGAAGAUGACGCAGCAGCAGCAGCAGCAGCACCAGCAGAAGCAGCAACAGCAGCAGCAGCAAGGGGGGCAGUGGGGGGCUCCGAGGAGACCCCCAUCGUCUCUGCAGCAGAGCUGGCCGAAGUCGAAGCAGAAAUUGAGGCCCUCACCGGAGAUUCGCUGCAGCAGCAGCAGCAGCAGCAGGAAGAGGCGCAGCAGCAGCAGCAACAAACAGCGAGGCAGCUAGGCGACUCUGUGGGGCCUGACUUUGAGCUCCUUGACAGCGUCACUCUUUAA